CAGGUGCCUUGGUGCGUUUUCUGAUCUAUUCUUUGGAGAUCUGAAAUAAGGACAUGGUUGCUGGGCGUUAUUGCCGUGCGAGUAUUAAUACAGUGCGCGCCUGCUCUUCUACAAUUCGAUUCAGACCUUCGUUACUUCCUCCAGAUCGCACUUGUAUAUCAAGAACCUCACCUUGCCCGAAGUUCACCACGUUUACGAACCGUAGCUACUUCGCAACUAUGGCUAUCGACACACCCUACGUCACGCUGAACGAUGGCAAUAAGAUGCCUCAGGUCGGGUUUGGACUGUGGAAAGUCGACAAUGAUACCUGUGCGGAUACUGUCUAUAAUGCCAUCAAGACAGGAUACAGGUUGUUCGAUGGAGCUUGCGACUAUGGUAACGAAGUCGAAGCCGGCCAGGGCGUCGCCCGCGCUAUCAAGGACGGCCUCGUAAAACGCGAAGAGCUUUUCAUCGUCUCCAAGCUCUGGCAGAGCUUCCACGACUACGAGCAAGUCGAGCCCAUUACUAAGAAACAGCUCGCGGAUUGGGGCGUCGAUUACUUCGACCUAUACCUGAUCCACUUCCCCGUCGCGCUAAAGUACGUUGCGCCUGAGACGCGGUACCCGCCGGGUUGGUACUAUGAUGGUGAGAGCAAGAUUGAGCACAGCAAUGCGAGCUUGGAGAGCACGUGGAGAGCAUUUGAGGAUAUCCAGAAGAAUGGCCUAGCGAAGAGCAUUGGUGUUUCCAACUACAGCGGUGCGCUGCUCCUAGAUUUGUUCACGUAUGCGAAGGUCAAGCCCGCGACACUGCAGAUUGAGCAUCAUCCGUACUAUGUUCAGCCAUACCUUAUUAAGCUGGCGGAGCAACAUGGCAUCAAGGUCACGGCGUACUCGUCGUUCGGCCCGCAGUCGUUCAUUGAGUGCGACAUGAAGAUUGCCGCGGACACGCCUCUUCUCUUCGAUCACCCGGUCGUCACGAAGAUCGCCGAAGCACAUGGCAAGACACCUGCGCAGGUUCUUCUACGCUGGUCCACGCAGCGGGGUAUCUCGGUCAUCCCAAAGAGUAACUCUCAGCACCGUCUGCAGCAGAACCUGGAUGUCACCAGCUUCGAUUUGAAGGACGGCGAGAUCCAGGCGAUUUCCGACCUGGACAAGAACCUCAAGUUCAACGCUCCUACCAACUACGGCAUUGCUUGCUACGUCUUCGCUUAG